GGACGUCGAUCCAGGCAGCGGUACCGCUCGAGUGCGUAUCGUAUAGGCCGUAUGGAUGCGUGUGCGUAUUCAGAGCGUAUGGGCGGAGGCAAGUAUAGUAGCAGGCGAGGCGGAUACGGCAACGCGAGCCAAUCAGGCCGGCCCCGUUGCUAG